AUGAGCUCUUACCAGCAGAAGCAGUCCGUUACCCCACCCCCUCCACCUCAACAGCACCAGGUGAAACAACCCCAACAGCUUCCACCUCAAGAAACAUUCGUUCCUAUAACCAAAGAACCAUGCCAGCCAACUGUUCCACAACAGGGAAGCACCAAGAUUUCAGAAACAGGCUACACCAAGGCACCUGAUUCUGGCUACACUGUGGUCUCUGGGCAAAGCAACAUCAAGGUUCCUCAGCCUGGCUACACUGUGGUCUCUGGGCAAAGUGGCACCAUUGUCUCUGGGCAAGGCUACACCAAGGUCCCCGACUCUGACUGCACUGCGGUCUCUGGGCAAAGCAACAUCAAGGUCCAACAGCCUGGCUACACCGUGGUCUCUGGGCAAGGCAAUACCAAGGUCCCUCAACCUGGUUAUACUGUAGUCUCUGGGCAAAGCAACACCGUGGUCUCUGGGCAAAGCAACAUCAAGGUCCAACAGCCUGGCUACACUGUGGUCUCUGGGCAAAGUGGCACCGUGGUCUCUGGGCAAGGCAACAUCAAGGUCCCUCAGCCUGGCUACACCACGGUCCUGGAGUCAGGAUGCACCAGUGUCUCUGGAUCAGGCCAUUCCACAGUCCCUCAGCCUGGUUACACCAAGGUUCAUGAAACACAUCCCUCUGUAGUCCCUGCAGGCCCAGCUCUGCAGCAGACCAAGCAGCAGAAGUAA